AUGACGUCACUGAUGAAACUUUCAUGUUUUUCUCGCGUGAUGUUACCUGAUUUAGACAAGUGCGAUUACUUCUUAUACUUUCUUUUUCUCGUUGGUUGUUCCGUUCUAAUCAUAGUUCGAAUGAGACCCUUGGGGUGGGGGAGAUUUGGCGAUACAGGCACACGGCGUUUCUUUGGGGCGACUGCUGAAAAGGCCUACGAUGGUCGGAGUCGUUCUGCUCACCUUUGGAUUGUCUUUUCGUUCUCUUUAAUGAAGAUGUCUUGUCGUCGUGCGUUGGGCACCGUUGAAGUCCUCACUUCCCUGUUUGGACUCACAGGAAGAAAGUCGAACAUUCAAAAUGCGUUGGUUUGUAAGAUAUGGGCGACGUAUGCGAUCCCUAGGAUAUGGGGUCGCGUGGACUUGUCGGUAUUUCGAGCCCUCCGAGGAACAGUUGUGACUGAAUCUGGGGUUGUGAAGCUUGCUUCCGAUCUCGUUCCAUCUGAAUGGGAAGGCUUUAUCAACCUUUGCGGACGUGUACAUUGUGUUGACGCGGAUGGUUCUUCGGAUGGGGUUCGCUUGUGUUCGGAGUCGACGCAGUUGAUGUCAACGUGGGGCAUUACAAGCAUCUUCCCGAAUUUAUCGUCCCUUCGUGCCCACGCCCACAAUCUACAACGUGCUUAUCUGUCCCCUUCGAUUCGGGAGAUGACUUUGUGGAUCAAUAAAGACGUUCGCUCUCGCGAAAAGGAGUCCGUUCAGGCCAAGAUUGACCUCAUUUGGCUACAUUCCCCGAAUAUCGAGGUACUUUACGUCGACGGCGACUCCCGCCUUUUCGAGUUCAGGGAUGAUCUGUGCCGUCUUUUCGAGCAUCUACCUCGACUUCGUCGCGUGGUCCUUGCGCCGUGUGCCGUCUCAUCUUCGGUGUUGGCCACGUUUGCGAAGAUGAGGAACCUGGAGAGCAUUUGUGUGGCCGAAGCGGGGAGGAGCAGAGGAGAAAAGGUAGUGGGGCUCGCUCGUGCCGGAGACAUGCUCCUCCCAUCGAAGAUCACGGCAGAAAUGUUUGAGUCGCUCCGCGAUUUCAGCUUCAUCUCGCCGUCGUUUCCGGAAGCGCUUCGAUACUUCUCCGUGGACCUUGGCUUUCCUUGCCAGAAUCUGGUGUCCCUUUGGGUACAUUUUCCGACUGGGACGACGUUAGCUCCCGCUGAUGUUCGAGAGCUGUUAUGCGUUCUUUCGGGAUCGUGUAGAAGGGUGAAAUGUCUUACCCUCCGGCUGGCGGCGCUCAGUCUCGACGCGAUUUCGAAUGCCGAUUCAUUCCCUCAACUCCAGUUUGGCCAUAUUGAACCAUUCCUCACUUUUACGUCCCUCAUGGAGUUCGCGGUUGAUCACACUCUGCCUUUGGAUCUUAGUUUACGGGACAUGAGGCGUAUAGCACGAAGAGCUGUGGGGUUUUCACGGUUGUGGUUGAACCCAUUUCCAUCGAUUCCUUUAGAACCUGGAACUCCUAUCUGCUGUCUGGAAGAAUUUUCGCGGUCUUGCCCAUUGUUGGAGCGUCUCGCGCUUUACGUAGACGGCAGUAGAGGCUGGACGUCAUCUCCGGACCCGGUGGAAAGGAGUGCUGUUAAAGAGUUCUUCGUUGGGUGGUCCUCGGUCCCACUAUUGCUGGAUGAAGGUUUUCUUGAAAAUCGGGAGAGUUUGGCGAUUUUAUUCUCCCACGUCUUUUCGUCGUGGACGGCGGUCACUUCAAUCUUGGACUACGGGGGCAUAUCUUCGACAGCGAUGGUUCGCGCCGAGAUGCGUAGUUGUGGUAUUGUGGGUCAAGCCAAACGGAGAUACGUGAAGGAACAAGCAAUGGGGUGGAAGGUCAGGGUCAUUCCCGAAAUCGGUGAUGGUAUUUACAAGAUCUACGACGUUCUAGAGAACUUCAUCCGGCAUGUGGACAUGGUAGACCUUCCGCGUGUCGUCGGGGUAUGCAAGGAGUGGUAUGAAAUCGGUAUGGAUGUUCUCUGGGAGAAGGUCGAUUUUCGCAUUUUCGGGUGUUUAGGCGUUUUGAAAAGGCUUUCAUUCCGUUGGAACUACUUGGAAUUCACCGAAGUCCUGCUUGUCUUGGAGAACUGGCCUCGCUUCAAAAGGAACUGUCGUCGUGUUCGGUUCCUGGGUAACGAUCCCUCUAUUGGACAAAUUGGUCUUGGUCCCCAGUCCAUUCGUGCCCUUCGUGGUCUUGUCCAGGAUGGGACAUUAUUCCCCAAUGUCCGAUCCCUGUGGCUUACGGACGACUGCUUGGAUCCCAUAUUCAUGAGCGCUUCUGUGGAGCACUUGACCUGGUAUUUCGAGCCGGAAUACAUAGGGAAAGUGGAAUCCUUCAUUACGAAUGCGAAGCACGUCGGAUCGCGUAUGCCCUGCCUUAGAUCCUUGUCGGUGCAGGCCUCGGCGAUAGUCCACGAAUGUCAGGCGUCAAUCGCGGAGUUGUGCUUCGCUCUUCCAUGCCUUCGGUCGAUCGCACUUCCUCGGUACACCGUUGGUCCGUGGGUUAUGUAUGCAUUGAGCAUCGCUCCGAUACUGGAGUCCAUCACCACAAACGACCCACCGGAUACGCUAGGGAUGUACGGCCAUGUCGGGGAGCGGGAAGCCACUUUACAGUGGUCGAUAUCGGCGUUGACAGUGCACGGCGCUUGCUUUGGCAGCCUUCGUCGCUUAUCCUUGGCGCUUCCGUAUCUGGAGUACGGAGUCAUGUUCUUUGGCCAAGCAUUAUGCCCAUGCGAGAGAUUGGAGGCUUUGGAGCUAUUCGUUGCGUUCCCUGGCGCCGCACGAAGGGCAUGUUUAUGUGAUUUGUUCGAAACACUCUCUAGGAAGUGCGGAGUUUUGGACAGCUUAUCCAUCUCGAUGGUAACAUCCUCGACCGUGGCGAGUGAUGUCGUCGGUAUCGAGCCCAUUGACUAUGCGACAUUGGAACCGCUAUUCCAGUUUAAAAACCUUCACAACUUCUCCUUAUUCCACACGUAUCCGCUGAACAUGACGGACGAGGAGACGGAACGUUUUGCUAUGCAGUGGCCUCAGCUGCGGUCUUUAUCCCUUUGUCGUCACCCAUCGGUUCUUCUUCGACCCAAACAGACGUUGAUGUCCAUCCGUCACUUUGCCCGUUGGUGUCCGGAGUUGAUCUCUCUCGGACUUUAUAUCGACGCGUUCAAAUACGCUCAUCAUCCCCCGGAAGCGAGAUUCAACGAGAAAUUUCGCGUCCUAAACGUCGGGGCAUCUCCCUUCCCUCUACAUGGACGACCAGAUGGGCUCUGGGUCAUGGGAGAAUUCAUCGCGGCGGUGAUGCCAAUCGGGUCCAGGAUCGAAACGGGUUUAGACGAUUGCCUUUUUGAUUCUCAGGAAUUCGAGGAAUCCUCGUCGGGUGAUGGGCUUCGAUAUGCGGACUUUAGUACACUGGACAGCUAUGACGACGGGUGGAGGAAUCUGGAUAGUAUGGCCCAGUUGUUCAGGAAGUGGGACGAUGAUGAUUUCGAUAUAGAGGACUUGUGUCCUUGGGAUAGUGAUUGGAACUUGGGAGGAGUUUUCCAUGAGGACCUGAAUGCUGUGGCGGUGGCGUCGGCGUGGAUUCUCAUGGAAGGUGAUCGCGCGGCAUUUGUCCACCACGAGACCAAGAGACGUUCUUUGAGACUAGUUUUGUUAUAUUUUAUUCUCUUCGUGGAGUCCUUUGCUGAGUCUGGAUCUGAGCGAGGGUUUAUCCUUAGAAGCCGCCAAUACGGUGUCUGUACCUGUAUCAUGAGUGGGACUUGGGAGAGCUAUUCGGGUAUCAUUUUACUCCCCUUAUGGGAGAAGGUCUUUCCUGUUGCGCUAUGGUCGUGCAUACCGGUAUCUAAGUGGUCUACGUUGCCAGUGGAAGUACUUCGCAGGGUGUUUCAUUCUCUUCCGGCAUCAAGCAACGCUAGAAACGCUCGUGUCUGUCGAGAUUGGUCGGAUGUCGCGUUGACCGAGGUCUGGGGUUCAGUUAGUGUGGAUGUUUUCCGUGGGCUGCGGGCCAUGGAUUUACGAAUCAAGAGCUACGAAGAGAUGGAUAGUUUGAUCUUGAUAUUUCCUCGGGAGCCGACUUACCGAGACUGGGAGUCGUUCGAUAGAAACAGUCAUCGGGUGACUUCUCUUCGGCUUCCGAGUGGCACGUCGGGUCAUUCAAUGUCUGACACGGCUUUGGAUGUUCUACGUGCAACAAGGCUCCGUCCGGCCAUAUUCCCGAAUCUCAGGACUAUCUUUUGCACACUGAGCUCCCUGGAUCCACUCUUUAUGUCCGAGAGUGUGUCGGAACUCAGGAUCGAAAUCGACGUUGACGUCACGAAGGAUUUACGUUGGAGAGACAAGGCGAGCCAUCUGGUGGAGGCCAUCAUUGCACGGAUGCCGAAGAUUCAGAAGCUCCUGAUUGGUGUGGAGGGUCGUGGUCGUACCCAGGUGGCACGCUACGCUGGGUUUAUGGAACAUUUCAGCGUAUUGGUCGCCUCCCUUCCCUACUUGCAAGAGUUCGUUCGCCCGGCGGGUGUGAUAUCGCCAUCGCUGCUCCGCGGCCUAUCACAAUUACACCACUUAUCUCGAAUCGGUCUAGCGAACAGUGCACGGGAGAUUGAUGGAGACUUGAGGCUCAUUAGGACUGCUGAGGCCAUAGACGUUGGUCUUCUGGGCGCAUCCUUUCCGUCUCUCCAGAAUCUCGAGAUCACAGCUGUCUCUACGGAUGUCGUCGAGCGGUUGCUGGGGAACGUUUACUUCCCGUCAUCGUGGCUGACCGACAUAUCGCUCCACUUCGUGCCCCUGCGACAGACAAGCAAUGAGUACAUCGAGUUGAUGAUACGCGGUCUUUCGUCUUGUAUUCGACUGAAGGCGUUGAUGAUUCGAUACGGAGAAGUGCGGGGACGGGUGUCUAGCGGCGGAAUUCCGUUGGAAGAGGAUGUUAUGAGGCCAUAUCGUUUUGGCGACAUUCAACUGCUCCUAGGAAUUGGGAAACUGAAGUCAUUCGCUUUGACCCAUCCACUCCCGAUUGAAGUUACGGCUGAAGAGGGUUACAGGCUUGCGGAAGCGGCUCGUGGAUUCGAUUGCCUUUGGUUGAAUCCUUCUCCGCGGCUUGAAGGGUCAAGCCCUUUACCUAUUGGAGUGUUAGGCGCGUUUGCCGAACAGUGUACAGAGCUUCGCAGGUUGGGUAUUUACAUGGAUGCUACUGGUGAGGUGCCCGUUCCGUUUAAUAUUGUUACGUUCAGGAAAUUGGAGCAACUAUUUAUUGGGAGGUCUCUUAUUGUUUCGAUGCAUGGUGACGUCAUCAUGGGAGAUGCCUUUUGUCGCCGUGUUCUUGGGGACGAGGAAGUGGAUGGUUUUGUUGGUGUCGAAGUCGAUGACUAUGGUGGCACUUGUAUUGUCCGUGGUCUUCUUCUUCUCGCGUUCGGUCGUGACAGUUCCAAACCAAUCAAUUAUAUACGAGUAGAACAACUAUUGUCGGAAGGGAAGGACCGCAAAGAGAAUGGGGCCCACGAACCUGGGUGGCAACCGGGUGGAGACCUUGUGAUGAGGGGCUCGCUCAUGGUCUUCUCGUUCGUAUUCGACCCUGUGCUUUCCUCCGUUUCCUCACCCCGGCUUCCGGCCUUCGAGGCCGGAUUGUGA